UCUCCCAUCCCUCCCGCUGCCUCCCUCCCUCGCCCUGAUAUUAAUGACACAGCUAUCUGAGGCAGCGGCAGUUACCCUGCACUCUCCGGCGCUCGUACGUGCGCUCACUCGCUGACGGACAGACGCGGAUACACAGGCAAACAUUUUUUUUUCAACUAAAAAGAUACAGGACGCAUUCCCAAACUGCUGCACUUCCAACCGUUAGGCACACACACUCACUCACGUGCCUCUUUAAACUGUAAGUUCACAGCGGAGCCAGUUUCAGACGCUCAUUUGUAUUUCUGGCAAAUCUUACAAACAUGAGGACAGCGGUGCUCUGCAUCUGUGCCGGUCUCCUGCUCACAGCCACCUUGGUGCCACGACUCGGCCGGGCAGCAGACUUUUCUCUCAACUCUCACCAGCGAUGGGACACUAGAGGACCCAACAACCUGGGAUCUGAAUCUGGUACCUCUGCCUCUUGUGCCGUGAAACUUCGACCCUCCGGGCACUGCGGGAGCUCCGGGGCCAGGGCAGAGGAGGGAGAGGACUGUCCCUAUCAGCUCACCCUGCCUCCCCUCACCAUCCAGCUGCCCAAGCAGUUCAGGCUGCUGGAGAAGACGAUGAAGGAGCUGCAGAGCUUGAAGGAGGUGGUGAACAAGCUGAAAAGCGGCUGCCAGGAAUGCCGUGGGGCACGAGGCAAUGGGGCUGUUGGAUAUCAGCAAGCAGACCAGGGACAAACACAGAUCCCAAUUCAGAGGGAAUCCGGGGAAGAAGUGACAGCACAGGAGGUGCAAGGUGGGUCAAGCCACGAGGAAAGGGGAGACGGGAUAGUUCCUGGAGCUUCUUUGGAUGGUACCAGACUUGGGCAUGGUUACAUUCCUGGGAAAAAUACAGAAAGUCCAAGCACGAUGCGGGAGAUGCAGGUGAAGAUGAAUAAGAUGUCAGCCAGCCUGCGCAACGCCAGGGUCCUGAUCACAGCUCUGCAGGGUCGUCUGGAAGGGCUCAACCUGCUCAACAUGGACAACGUGCAGGCAAUGGUGGACAGACGGGUGGAGAACAUCACCGGGGCGGUCAACAAGCUCCGGUCCACCUGCACCACACCGUGCGCAGUCCAGAACAGCCCUCAGUGUAAGCUUGCUUUCACAUUUACGGCACCACCUUUACAGGCUUUCUGUGAGAUGAGAAACUACAACGUGUUGGAAGUGAGGAAGAACGAUGUGUAUCGUGUGACCCCUGAUCCCCGCAAUGGGACAUUUGAGGUUUUCUGUGAUAUGGAGUCUUAUGGAGGAGGAUGGACUGUGAUUCAGCAACGUGUCGAUGGGUCCGUCAGCUUUAACCGCACCUGGGACGAGUAUAAGAAGGGCUUUGGGAACCUCAGAGGGGAGUUCUGGCUGGGCAAUGACCAUAUCCAUUUGCUGACAAAAGCAAAAGACAUGAUUCUGCGUAUAGAGCUGGAGGACUUUGAGGGCGUUCGGGAAUAUGCAAAAUAUGACCAGUUUUAUGUGUCCAAUGAAUACUUACGCUACCGACUGUCAAUCAGUGGAUACAGCGGGACGGCUGGGAACGCCAUCAGUUUCAACAAGCACUUCAACCACGACCAGAAAUUCUUUUCUACGCCCGACCGCGACAAUGACAUGUACCCCUCCGGAAACUGCGGCGCUUACUACAGCUCCGGGUGGUGGUUUGACGCCUGCAUGUCCGCCAACCUCAACGGGAAGUACUACCACAAGAGGUACAAGGGAGUGCGGAACGGGAUUUUCUGGGGAACGUGGCACAACAUGUCGAUGGAGUACUACCCUACCAACUAUAGGCAGGCCUUUAAAACUGUUAAGAUGAUGAUACGGCCCAAAAACUAUGCUCCUUAAGGGAACGGGUCAAUAUGAGAGAACAGUGAGGCACUUAGAGGGAGAGAGGAAAAGAAAAUGGAAUAAACAGUAUAUGAAGUUUCAUACAUUUUCAUGUAGUCAUGUAUUUGAACAGAUUUACAUAAGCAUACGUGUACAGCAAAAGAGACUAUAGGCUCAACGGCCAGUUUAAGUGCAGUACUAACAAAAAUAAUAUUUUGUGCAAAAAGUUAUCAUGCUAUUACUUUUUCCACGGUCGUGAGGAUGGCCUUCAAAAUGUUGGAUUGAAAUGAAAUGAUGACAAUAAAAGAAAAUGGCCUGUGAACAAUCAUGGACUAAUGAAAAAACACCCAUGAAGUGUAAAGUCCAGCCUCCUACAGAGGCGUUCAUAUUCCAUGGAUGGCUACAGUGAACGAUUUUUCACUGGUUUCUGACAUCUUUCCACUUGCUGUCCUGCUGCAUCCUACCACAAACCCUGCUGACACCAAGCACAGCACAUAUUAGUAGUAAAAACUAAUGAGCUAUCCUAUUCUCUACUGUAAAUGAUCUCAUAAUUAACGGCGGCCACUCAAGUGAAAUACGUGAGGGCUGAUGACACAGCUUUGUGUCUGAAAUUAAUUGUAAAAGACUUCACGCUGGGGUCAAACAGAUUUACAACUGUUUAGGGAAGCUGUGCACAACUUAGAGGUUUUGUAUAAAUUUUUUUCAUUACACUUUGACAGUUCCCUAAUAUCCGAUUUCCUACAACAGACUAAAGCGUCCUGCCCAAUAAGAUUUUCCUUGAGCGCUACAUUUUGCAUUACUGAUGUCGUAGUAAAACAGCUACCCAGAACAACAUUAUACAGUUCCAAUUGUUUUUCCAAUAUUAUUGCAGGGUGCAUUAAACUACUGCGUCCGCAAAUAUCCCCUCAGCUCAUCAUGUGUACAAUACUGCUAUCUAAUGUUAGGAAACUGUAUAGCACCAUGUAAUCCAUUUUAUACACUGUGAAAAGGAAAUGUGCAACUUUAAGGAUGUGUACAGUAUUUAUUUCCUUCAUGAGGUAUGAUAGCUUUUAUAUAAUAUACGAAAUAACAUGCAGUGCAAACUAAUGAUUGUUAAUAGUUGAGCAUUGAUAAAGCCUGUGCACUAUUGUGAUCAUUCUUCAUAAAUAUAUUUGGAGUAUUUGGAGCUUUGUGUGUAUCAUGUUGACCUUUUUUAUUUACAUAGUCAUAUGUAAUGCUAAAAGAUAUGCACUUUUUAUAUUUAAAAUGAAUAAAGUUCAACUGAUGAGGCUGUGUGCUUUUAACUCUGUUUGACCAUUUAAAGUCCCACUGCUGCCUGUUCAUCUUUACGGUGUCUUCUCUUUUGGAAUCACUGUAUAUUGAAAAAAAUAAUAACAGAGGUUGAAGUGUUAUGUGCACUUAAUGAAUGGUGUGAAGAGGGAUGAAGAGGAACUGACUCAAUAAACCAAAAAAAAGACCCUCCAGAAAGUAAAUGAUGAUACUGUGGGACCAUCUAAUGUCUGUUUUCUGUUUGUGAUGUCCACGUUAAUAAAAAAUAUAUCAUGCUCAUCCAAA